UCGGUCAGGGUCAGCUGCUUGAAAUGUAUAUUGUCUAGUUUCCUGACUGUGGACCUAUCAUCUCAUCAUGGAUGACACAGUUGGAGGCGGCUAUGGGUCAAUUAACUCAGACAUAAUCCCAAUAAAUGGCGCCGAAGAUGGGAAUUCACGCGGAAGAACCAAAAUGGGGAGAGGAAGUCGCAGGGAUGGAGAAGUAGCUACAGCACGACGACAACCGAUCCGUCAGUAUAGCAUUGGGAGCACUACCGAUGAUGGUGAUGAGACCCAGGCGCUACUCAGUCGCUACAAAUACUAUAACAGAUUAGCUCCACACAGUGAAAGUGUGCUGCAAAUGCCCGAACAUGUGGUUCCGGAAAACUACUGGAUCAAGAUCCUCAUCCCAACCAAGGGGAAACAGAGCAGCAUCAUCACCAUCUUCUCCUUGUGGAACACGAUGAUGGGGACUUCAAUACUAGCAAUGCCCUGGGCCAUCAAGCAGGCUGGGUUUGUGACUGGGAUUGUGCUGUUGGCAGCCAUGGCGGCUCUCAUGUUAUACACCAGCUACAGAAUACUCAAGUCUGGGGAGGGAAUCGCUGGCUCUAGUCAAACGUUUGAGUUUUCUGAUGUUUGUGGUUACUACCUUGGCCGGUGGGCAGAAAUAGGAGCAGUUAUCUGCUCCUUGUUGACACUGCUAGGUGGCGCUAUUGUCUACUGGAUUCUCAUGUCCAACUUCCUCUAUAAUGUUGUCACCUUCAUAUACUAUAAAUUUGAUCAUGCUGAUAAUUCCACAGUGCCACUGGACAACUCCACUGACUUCCCUGAUACCGUCUGCUCUGGCAGUGACAAGGGGAACAACUCCGUGGGUACAGGUGUGUCGGACGAGGUUACCCACGACACCUUCACCACGUACUGGCAUGAGCAGCACACUGUGCCUUUCUUCCUCAUCGUCAUCCUAGGACCACUUCUUAACUUCAAGUCUCCAACUUUCUUUACCAAGUUUAAUUCUCUGGGAACCAUAUCCGUGGCCUACCUGGUGUGUUUUGUUGCUGUGAAGGCAUCACACUGGAAGUUCAACAUUGAUUUCAACCCGAGUGAUGCUCUUUCCUGGGAUUAUGUUGAAAAUUUUAAGCUGACAUUCCCAGCCUUGACUGGUAUAGCAUCCCUGGCAUAUUUUGUUCAAAACUGUUGCCUGGCAAUAUGUAGAAACCAGAAACAUCCAGAAAAUAAUGUUCGAGAUUUGACGAUAGCCUACAUAUUGGUAGCUGCAACCUACAUCUAUAUGGGUGCCAUAUUUUAUGCAUCAUUCCCGCUUGACAAGUCUUGUAUAGAGGAUAAUCUCCUCAACAACAUCAACACAAAUGAUGUCAUGGCGUUCGUGGCACGCAUUGGGCUGUUCUUCCAGAUGCUGACUGUGUUUCCCCUGCUGCUGUUUAUAUUCAGGAUUCAGUUCAUGCAGGCGAUCUUCAAGUCAGUCUGGCCGAGUUGGCGCCAUGUCAUGAUGCUCAACCUGGUGCUGAUGUCUAUAUGUAUACUAUUUGCUGUCUUUGAACCACAUAUUGGAAGAAUCAUUGGAUUUGUUGGAGCUUUUUGUGGGUUCUCGUAUGCCAUAGCCUUGCCCUGCCUGGUCCACAUGCGAGCACUGUACUUGGGUCAGACAGGAAGCACCCUCUCAUGGCCAUCAGCGAUAUUUCACUCUGCGCUCAUUCUUCUUGGUUUUGCAAACUUCGUUGGACAGUUCCUCAUCAUCGGCCAUACAUCAUAGGACCUCAGACCGGUUCUCAUCAUUGGCCAUAAAACAUAGGACCUCAGACCGGUUCUCGUCAUUGGCCAUACAUAAUAGGACCUCAGACAGGUUCUCAUCACUGACCAUAUGGCAUAGGACAUAG